AUGGAAUUUUCACCUCCCUACAAGCCACAAACAACAGAAUCUAAACGAUUCACCUUUACCCCAGUAAACCUAAAGCUUGUAAACGAUAUGAUCAAGCAAGGCGAGCCUUUCAAACUUAACAACGAGUUAAUAGAAAUAAUCGAAAUCGUUUGCCGCAUUACAAAUUACCAGGAAACCCAUAAUAUCAUAAAGUUUGAAUUUGAAGAUAACAAUAACUGCAUUCAAGGAAUUGUCUAUACCAAAGGAGAUUUAACCCGUCCCAAAGCUUUGAGUGAUUAUACAUAUAUAGAAAAUGGAUAUGUGCAUAUAAUUGGAGCUUUAAGAAAGCUUGGUGAUGAGGUAAAAUGCAUAGUACAAUCAAUUUCUAAUGUAAAUACUUAUGAUCAAGUUCAUUAUCAUUAUGUUAAAGUGCUAUGAUGCUAUUUGGUUAGAAAUGGUAUUUUGCAUACACCUUCACAAGCAGCUGAUAAUGUUAUGGCUGAUUUAUCAAGUAGAUUUAAUAAUGCUGGCUCAAGCCAAAAUGAUUAUUCGAAUUUAAAUGAAGACCAAGCUGAGGUUGUGAGAGCGAUUAAGGAAAACUCUAAAGAGUAUAUUGGGCUAGAUAGAAAUAGAAUUGAGAGUCUUGUGAAGAGAAAAAUCAAAAAUUUAGAUGAAGUCCUAAGUGAUUUGGUAAGGUAUGGAUUUUUGUUUAUUGGGGAUGAUAACUUGACGUACUAUGUUUCGUAA